GACGCACUCAUUACAGCAUUUUCAAGCAUUGGCGAUUAAAUAUUCCGCGUUAAUAGCUUGAAUAGGAGGAAUAGGAGAGUGAAUAGGUAUCCUAUUCUAUUUAGCCACUCUAAAUUCAAUGAUAAUAAAAUGCCAAAAGAAAAAAAUUUUCAAUUACAUUUUGAUACGGAUAAAAUACCGAAGUACCGAAGGUUCCGAAUUUUAUUCAAUAUUUUCCUCCUUGUUUAGUGGAGUUGUAAGGAUUCAAAGCUCAGCAUUUGGUCAGCAAGAAUUUUUGCGGCCAAUUGCUCUUAGGGUUGGUAGCAUUCAAUAACGCAAUUGCUCACUUGUGCUGAGCUUGAAGUCGCUGAAUGUUUAACAUAUCAGGAAUUGAGCCAGCAGUAAAUAUAUAGUUUCUUAAAAAUGGUUUCUGGACGAAUUAUCGAUGCAUGGGUAAAAGACAUAAGGUUUCCAACUUCAUUGAAUGCCGAUGGAAGCGAUGCUAUGCACACGGAUCCGGAUUACUCUUGUGCUUACGUAAUGAUAAAAUUGGAAAACAAUCUUGAAGGUUUUGGAUUGACCUUUACGCUCGGGAGAGGAACAGAGAUAGUGGUGUCGGCGUGUCAAGCAAUUUUAAAAAUUAUCAUGAAGGAAGAUAUUCAUAAGAUAUUUAAUAAUUUCGGAGAAUUUUGGAGGAAGGUAACCAGUGAAUCACAACUACGAUGGUUGGGACCGGAAAAGGGAGUGAUACAUUUAGCGACCGCAGCCGUUAUCAAUGCCCUAUGGGAUCUCUGGGCAAAAUCCAAAGGUGUACCGCUCUGGAAAUUACUGGUGGACUUAACGCCAGAGACAUUGGUCUCUACCAUCGAUUUUCGAUACAUUUCCGAUGUAAUAACGAGAGAUGAAGCUAUUAAAAUUCUCAAGGAUAAACAAUCGUUAAAAUUAGCGCGAGAAAAUCGUCUUCUUGAAAGAGGCCUGCCCGCCUACACAACGCAGGUUGGUUGGUUGGGCUACAGUAACGAGAAAGUACGUGCUCUGUGCCGAAAAUAUAUAUCUCUUGGAUUCACUCAUUUCAAAGUUAAAGUGGGUCAUGAUAUCGAUGAUGACAUUCGCAGAUUACGUUUAAUCCGUCAAGAAAUUGGUGAAAAAAACAUAUUAAUGCUCGAUGCCAACCAAAUGUGGGAGAUUGACCAAGCCAUUGAGUGGAUGAAUAAACUUAAAGAAUUCAAACCUUAUUGGAUAGAAGAACCUACAUCUCCAGACGAUAUUUUGGGUCAUGCAAAAAUCGCUAAGGCUCUUCGUCCAUUAGGUAUCGGUACAGCUACUGGGGAAACAUGUGCCAAUAGAAUUAUCUUCAAACAAUUGCUCCAGGCCAAAGCCAUUGACUUUUGUCAGAUUGAUGCAGCAAGACUUGGAGGAGUAAACGAAAUUUUGAGUGUUUAUUUGAUGGCAUAUACACUAGGAGUACCCGUGUGCCCCCAUGCUGGUGGAAUAGGUCUUUGUGAAAUGGUUCAACACUUGCAAAUGUGGGAUUUUGUAUCUUUGAGUGGAACGACUGAAAGUCGAAUAAUCGAAUAUGUUGACCAACAACACGAUCAUUUUGUGAAUCCCUCAAUUGUUGAAAAUGCUCAUUACAGGGCGCCAAAUGCUGCCGGUUACUCCACACAAUUAAAAAAACAAACACUGAUUGACUAUGAGUAUCCUCAUGGUCGAAAAUGGCAAGAAAUGUUCGAUGCUGGAAUCUAUGAAAGAUUUUGAAAUUAUAAUCCACUAAAAAUGGUGAUGAACGUAGUGACAUUAGUAGGUUACUGACCUCCUUACACAAACUCAGUUACACAACUAUACGAGUUGAGCAACAUCUAGUUACCUAAGUAAUAAAUAUAUAUCAUAUUAAUAUUAAUAUCAAUGACCAAUUACCAAUACCGAGCUCACAAAUGGAAUUUUUAAUUAACCGAAGUAAAUAAACAAUAAACAUAUUACUGACCUAUUA